AUGAACGCCCUUCUAUCUGGUGCCCUGAUGGCCUUCCUCGCUGCCACCUCGAUGGCGUCUCCCCUCGCGACCACGUCGACCACGUCCGUCAAGCCCACGUUAACCGCGGCCGCCGGGGCUCCCACCUUCACGCCGCUCACGCCGGCUGAGAUCAAGAAUCUGCAGACGGAGCUGAUCCUCGCCGCCUCGUACAAGGACAAGGAGCAGGUGCUCUUCCCGCCCAACAACGGCGGCAGCGCCAACAACGUCUCGUUCCAGUUCGUCAACAGCCCCGGCACGCCGCCCCAGGACGGCAGCGUCAUCGUGGGCAGCGUCGACUCGAUCCCGGGCCUGAUCGGCACCCACGUGGCGGCGGCCAUCGGCUUCAUCGGGCCCUGCGGCCUCAACGUGCCGCACCUGCACCCGCGCGGCAACGAGUUCCUGACCGUGGUCAGCGGCACGCUGAUUGGGGCCUUCCUCCUCGAGGAGGACGGCCAGUUCGCGGGCGACGUGCCCCAGGUCGCCAUGACGUUGACCAACUUCACCGGCAUGCUGUUCCCCCAAGGCCACAUCCACUGGCAGUUCAACCCGACGUGCGAGCAGGCUGUUUUCGCGGCUGCCUUUGAUAGCAACGACGAGGGCCGCUUCCAGGUUGCCCAGACCUUCUUCUCGUCCAUGCCUGACAACGUGCUCACGUCGUCUCUGGGCAACCCCACUUUCUUGGGACCGGCCCAGCUCGACCAACUGCGCGGGAUCAUCCCCGAUGCCUUUGUCGUCCUGGUAGAUAGUUGUGCUCAGACCUGUGGCAUUAAAACUGCCUAG